ACACUGUGCUGAGUGUUUGCACCUUGUACCCUGCCUUGUACCCGUUUUUGCGUUGGUUUUGCUCUGAAUCUCGAUCAGUUCUCUAUAUACCGUGUCUCGAUCUUUACAUAGCUUGGGUGACCCCAUUUGUCUGUGCUGCGAGAAUCGGCAACUGCCUCUACAAUGUCAACUAACGCCAUAAAAAUGAAGCUGAUGGAGCUCUCUGGCAGUGCAGAGUCGCACAAGGAGCUGGUGACCAGGUACUCGUCCCUGCUUGACGCCAUUUUCGCCUGCGCUGAGCCCGAGAUGCUGGAGGGGGUGCGUCUGUUCGUCCGUCACGUGGUGAACGAAAACGUCAGCCUGGUGAUAUCGCGUCAGCUGCUGAGCGAGCUGUCCUCGCACCUGCUCCGUCUGCCGGACAACACGGCCCAGCAGGUGGCGCUGUUUGUCCUGGAGACGGUCCAGCCGCGCGCCAUCUCCUUCGAGGAACAGCUGGCCAUGAUCCGUCAGCACCUGGCCGGCGUGUACGAGCGCCAGCAGCGGUGGCGCGAGGCGGCCAAGGUGCUGACCGCCAUCCCACUGGAGACGGGUCAGAAGCAGUACUCGGCAGAGUACCGGCUGCAGACGUACGUCAAAAUCGCCCGAUUGUGUCUGGAGGAGGACGACCCGGACACGGCCGAGACCUACAUCACACGCGCCGGGGUGCUCGUGGGAGCCAGUAAGGACCACGAGCUGCUCGUCCACCACAAGGUGUGCCACGCCCGGGUGCUCGACUACCGGCGCAAGUUUCUGGAGGCGGCCCAGCGCUACAUUGACCUCUCGUACAUCCCAGAGGUGGAGUCGGGCGAGCGGCUGCGGGCGCUCUCCAACGCCAUCAUAUGCACCAUCCUGGCCUCGGCCGGCCGGUCCCGCUCCAAAAAACUGGCCACACUGUUCAAGGAUGAGCGGUGCCAGUCGCUGCCCGUGUUCACAAUCCUGGAGAAGAUGUACCUGGACCGCAUCAUCCGCAAACCGGAGCUGAAGGAGCUGGAAGCGCUGCUGCAGGAGCACCAGAAGGCCACCACGGCCGACGGCUCGACGCUGCUCGACCGCGCCGUGGUCGAGCACAACAUCCUCUCUGCCUCAAAAAUCUACAGCAACAUCUCCUUAGAGUCGCUGGCCGCCCUGCUUGAAGUAUCGCCGCGCCGAGCUGAGAAGGUGGCCGCUCAGAUGCUCUCCGAGGAACGGAUGGCCGGGCGGAUCGAUCAGAUUGACGGCGUACUUCACUUUCAGCCGGGCGAGCUGGGUGACUGGGACGCCCAGAUUCAGGGUCUGUGUGGCCAGGUGAACAGCCUCCUGGAGAAGAUAGCGGCGGUCAGUCCCGAGUGGACGGCUCAGGCGGCGGAGCAGGUUAAUUGAGGGAAGGCCCUGAUUGGCAGCGAAGGAGCGACUGUCUUCUCGAUAUGGACUAAACUGAGAGACGGUGAUGUGUGGCGGGCGGACUCAGCUCUGCUGUGCUCGACUUGGACGGCUGUAUGGUCUCAAUGUGGUGAGAUCUGUGUUGGUCGGAAUCGGCCACUCUUUAUUCUGCUGUAGCCGAGUCACUGUGAAAUAUAGCGGUGAACGUAGCGGUGGAAAGCUGUUCCAGCCUGCACGGCCGGUGGGGGAAGCCAACGGGCGGCAGUGACCGCAGUGACAGAUCUAUAAGGACCGCAGUGACCGCCCUGCUUGACCGCAGUGAGCGCAGUGAAAGGGCGGCGAGGGGUGCCGCCGACGCGACUGGCAAACAUGAGACACAGUAAAUGUACGUAUACAUGUUCCAAUACAUGAAUGUUGAUGCUUGUGAGGCGUUCUCUUUCA